AUGUUUGGUGUGUAGUCUGCUACGGCAGUUGUCAGUGAGGGAGAGAGGAAAGCUACUCCUUAUUUUAUCGUCCGGUUCCUCGUUUACUGUUAAUUUCCCGGGCCAGUCUCGUUGCUUUCGAUGAAUUUAAGUGCGCGUUAAAACUUAGUUGCUUGUGUAUUUUAAGUGUGACGUUGUUGCAGACCUCCGAAAAAAGCCGUCCAAAUAAGUCAGUUCUGUCUAUGCCAGCGGCCAGGUGUUGAUAUAUAUACAAGUGCCUCAGAUAGCAAUGGGAAGGAGCCAUUAAACGCACAUAGCAGAGGAUUACCACAGGAAACACAGGAGUGGAAAGGAACGCAGAAAGUCACCCCGGUCAUUCAACCUCUAAGACGCGGACGGUGUAGAGUGACUGGGUGAGGUGAGGCCGGCACACUAAAUAUAGCGCUGGCAGCUUGCUGGCCCUACCUCUGCCGCUGCUCCUACAACUGUUGGCGGAGAGUACUCACUACCCGCCGGGCCCUUUAUGAUGGCUGCGACGCACGGAGGACGCCCUCGCAUGCCCUGCCCCGUGCCUUCCGCGGUUUGACCGAAGACCUGUGACCGAGCGCUGACCCAAGAGGGGGUCACGUGACGGAGGAAGCGCCCAGCUGCCGCAGCCGGAGAGUGGCGGCUCUCAGUGGGUCAGUGCGAGGCAAGUGCCACAGUGAGGGAUCGAAGGUACUCGGCUCGCGACGGUGUGCUCCCCGGGAACAGUACAGUGCUCAAAGUGACGCCGAGUGAACAGCUUCUAGCGUGGAAGCUGUUGUAUUUUAGUGUGACAUUACAGGUGAUGCUCUAGGAACCAUGCCCGUCCCGCCCACCUCGCCCUCCGUGGGCAGAUACUCCUCCUACUCCUCGUACUCGUCCUACAGGAGUCCGUCUUCGUCGUCCUACCUGGGUCGCACCACGUCCCUGGACCGGUCCUCGUACAGUAGCUCCUAUGGCGGCAGCUACACCUCCUCCUACAGCAGUAAGUACUCCCGGCCGCCGCUGCCCUCCUACUCCGCCUCGACCGACACCUACCGAAGCAGCCGCAGUUUACGACAGUCGCCGGCGAGGCCCGCCUACUCGAGGCUCAGCUCCGACUCCCACAUCGAAUCGACGCCGUACUCCUCGCGAUACGCCAACCUAGACAGCAAGCGAGACACAUCAUCCUCCCGAGACUCCGGCUAUGGCUCGAGGCUUACGUCGCGCGACCGCUCCGUCGACCUCGUCAACGGCAACGGCGUCGACACGAGCCACUUCGGGCCGUCGCACUCGUCCUACGCCUGCAACUAUCGCUGGGAGGCGCGCGAGAGGGACAAGGCAGACGCGAAGGACGCCGACCAGAAUGGGGAGGACGAGAAGGUGUGCAUCUCCGACAGGAUCCGCGCCUUUGAGACGCGGUCCUCGGCGCGGGAGAGGCUCGGGCUGCCGGCCGGUCGCGAGAGCGCUCUCACGUCCUUACGAGACACCGGCCUGUCUUCGUCGAGGGACAGCGGCCUGUCGCUGGGGGACACGAGCCUCUCCCGCCGCAGGGCAGCUCGCGCGUCGGACUUCCCCUCUCGCACCUCCUCGGCCCGGAAGAGCUCCCCGGAGGCCGUGUCCCGAGACGCGGCCGACGAAAACGCCAACACGAGCAGCGAAAGGAGGCCCUCGGUGACCGAGCUGUGCCGCAAGUACGACUCGAACCACAACGUGACGAACGGCGUGGCCCGCCAGGAGGACGAGGAGGACGGCAGCGACGGAGGGAGCGUGUGCUCCGGAGGCCCUGCCCUGGAGGAGGCCACGGUCCGCCCGACCCGAAAGGCCGCAGAGUCCACUCGCACGGACUCGCCCGUUACCGCUCGCGUGGACUCUCCUGCAGGGGGCCGCGUCGAUUCCCCCAGCAGGUUGCGCGUGGACUCGCCGGCCCGUAACCACGUGGAGUCCCCCUCGAGGAGUAGGCUGGAGUCCCCUACGACCGGCCACAAAGACUCACCAAACCGUGCUCAGCGAGAAUCCCCGCUCCGCAGCCGCCUGGACGCCUCCACUAACCGACAGGACUCCCAGGCUGAUCGCGAUGGCCGGUCCUCCCCGAUCCUCAACGGCACUAUAGACAAGCCCAAGUACCGAGUGGAGGGGGACGGUUCUGACGGGCCCGGGUAUCGAGCUCGUUACCGAAGGGAGCGUGUGAGAGAACGGAUAGCGGCAAGACUGGCACGUGAAGCCGAGGAUGACGGCUCUCCUCCUCGCAGACAGGCCUCGACUAUUAGCAGUUCGAGCAGCGGAUCCGGAGGGGUCUUGAGCGAGAAUAAUGGACUGGUUGGGCUGAGAAAUAUUGGAAACACCUGCUUUAUGAACAGUGUUACGCAGUGUCUCAGUAAUACAAGGUGUUUGCUUGAGUAUUUGGUGAGGGAUGGUUACUCGUCAGAUAUAAAUACCACAAUAUCUACGAUGAGGGGUGCAUUGAUUUGAUUCCCUUUUCCCACAGCCUUCGCAAGCCUGUUAUCAGACAUGUGGAAUGAGGGCGCAGACAGCAGUCGGGCCCUCAAUACGGGACCAUUUAAAGCGCAGCUCCAGAGGUUUGCCCCAGUGUUUUCAGGAUACCAACAGCACGAUGCACAGGAGUUCUUGCGUAAGCUACUGGAAGGUCUCCAUGAGGACGUGAAUCGUGUUACUGUCAAGCCUAAGCCCAUAACAGAGGAUAUUGAUGAUGAUCUUGAUGAUAACCAAAAGGCAAUGGAGUCUUGGAAACGAUAUCUGCGCUAUGACGACAGCAAGAUUGUAGAUAUGUUUGUGGGGCAGUUGAAGUCGUCCCUACAGUGUUCAGUUUGUGGUCAUUGUUCUGUGACUUUUGAUCCAUUCUGGGAUCUUAGUCUGCCUAUCCCUAGUAAAUCAGGUCAGGUGAGGAUAUCACAGUGUUUGGAUCUCUUCACCAAAGAGGAGGUGCUCGAUGGAGAUGAAAGGCCGACGUGUUCCAAAUGCAAGGAGAGAAGAAAAAUGACGAAGUCUUUCAGUAUACAGAAGUUCCCCAAAGUUCUUGUAUUACAUCUGAAGCGCUUUUCCCCCUUGGAACGGUGGCGAGGCAAGUUGUCGUGCACCGUAGAAUUUCCGCUUGAAGGACUGACCCUCUCAAAGUAUGCAUCCAACUCAAGCACCUCGCCGUUGUACAACCUGAUAGGUGUUGCCAACCACUCAGGGACUACAUACUCAGGCCAUUACACAGCCUACUGCAAACAUCCUUAUUCAGGCUCUUGGCAUGAAUAUAAUGACUCAAGAGUGUCCAAUAUUUCCACUGGGAGAAUAUGCAGUCCUGAGGCAUAUGUGCUCUUCUACGAAAUAUCAUCUUCAUCGUCUAAACUAUAGCAUGUGUGAAUAUGUCACCUAUGGAGCUUGAGUGAAAAUUUGGUAGAUUAAUGUUAAUAGGAAUUUUAGAAAAAAAGUGUCCAUUUGUAUGCUCAAAUGCGAGAUUGGAGAGUGAAUAUGUGUGUGUGUGUGUGCAUGUUAAAGCAUAGGAAAAAGAAAAACAAAAAAAUAAUGUAUCAAAAAAGAAUGGUAUUGCACCUUGAGCUACUACUGUUGCCCUACCAAAGUGCACAAAGAAUAAUAUCCAUUCACUUUGAGAAGGAAAAAAGGGGAAAAAAAAUAGUACGAGUGUCUCAAAGUUUCAGAACAGAUGCUUUGUAGUACUGCAAUUUAUUCAGUAUCAGUGCAUUAAGCUGUGCACCUCAUGACAGCCGCUGCAGAUGUCUUUGCAGUUGAAAACUAUUGUGCACCAUGUGAUUCAUUCCUCUUAGUUUAUUCCUCAAAAUGUCUAAAUUUUUAAACAAAAUUUUUGUGUCUUGAUCCUUUUUUUUCUAUCUUUGAUUUUAUUCAGAAAAAUUUGUAAGCUUAAUUUACUCAUUUGUGAGAAAUGAUUUGAGUAGACUGUCAGUUGUCCAUUGCUUACAGUACUAAGAGAUAGACAUUAUUAGAUUGAAAUAUUUUUAAAGAGAUGCCAGCAGUGAAUUAGCAUCCUGUUUAAAUUGAUAAAAGUCAGUUGAGGCAUUAGAUUAUAUACAGUAUUCUAUAAAGAAAAAAUAAUAAUGCUCAUGUGAUUUAGCAUUGUGGCAGUAGACAUUUUUGAACUGCUUACCACAAUACUGUGCUAAGAUUGUAGGCUUAUCUGUGUAACUAUGUACAUAUGUAUGUAUAGAGACACAGACUUGCAAAUGUAUAUUUUAUAUUAAAUAUAUAUUGUAAAUAUGUUACAAAUUAAAUAAGAUUUGUAAAGAUUCAGAUGUAGUUAUAUAUAUUGAAGGUAAUAAAUUGUUAUCUGAAAGACAGAUCAUGUUAUCUAUAUUUCUCAAAGUUUCGGCUGUAUAGUAAUGAUGGUCUAGUCAAAUAAUAUCUUACUGUUGCAAGAUAUGCUGCAUAAAGAUGCUGCACUUAAGAUUUGAUGCUGCCAUUCUCAACUAGAAAGAUUGUUUACAGUUCUUGUAAUGAAACCGGCAGUCUGAAGUAGAUUGUGUCUUACUGUCUAUGCGACGAGGGCAAUACUGUUAUGAAAAGCUGACUUGUGGUAAAUUGUGUGACUGAGUCAGAUGAUUUACAUAGUACUAGAUAUGGGAGAGUAUUGUAUUUUAGUGACAUCAAAAUCAGUGCUGUAGCAAUAGAUUUCAGAGCAUUUAGACGAGUAUUCCAGUUGCAGAAGGAUAUUUCAAGUUCACCACUACAGAAAAUAUUUUGAACUGAAUUACCACAUUAAAUCUCCCAAUCAUGUUUAUCUUUUAAAAGUUGAUUGUUAGACUAUAAUUUACAUUUAAAUAGUAUAUAAUGUUUUCUGUAGCUUAAUGUCAUUUUCUAUCUUGUGUACUUGCAAUUAUGUUUGUGUUUCUGUGGACUAAGCUUUUUUUUAUCUCUCUCUUUUUUUUUUCUUUGGUUAGCCUCAUAAAUCCCUUCACUGCAACCACUCCCCUGGUACUAUAUGUUUGAAGGUAUACAGUAUGUAUAUGUAAGAGGUAUGUUUAAGCCCAAGCAUUUUGGCUUGAACUUUUGAGUUGAAUAUUUGAGUGAUGACUGACACUUCACUUUCUGGGAUGAGCAAGGCACUGGUGGGCAAAUGUUCUGUUUGGCAAGCAUUGUCUAUGAUACCUGCUGAUCACAGAACUGUGAAGUAGAAAAGAUAUUUUAAUUUUUCUUGGCCAUAUUUUGAAGUAGACAAAGAAAAAUGCCAAAUGGGGUCUCUUUUUUCUGUACAAUUGUAAAAAAAAUUACCCUGCUCACAUUUUUUCAAGUCUGUUUAUAUGAAUUAAUCAUUUCUUUUUUCUUUUCUUUUUUUAUAUCCCCAUUAUGCAUUUUUUGUAUCACUGAUCACUAAUGUGGUUCAUUAAAAAUUCUAUCAAUUCUAGCAUUAAGGUUUGAGUAUGUUUUGAAAUAAACUAUAAAUGAGCUGUGCUGUGAUACAUAUGUGUCAUUUAGCUACUAUGUAGCUGUAAUGUUAUGGAGUCAAUAUUUUCACAGUUCAUGUAUUGUUUAUUACAUGUGAAUAUUUUUGGUAAAUGGAACUUUAGAAUCAGCAAAGAUCAGAGUGUUUUAAUUACCAACAAUAAAAAAAAGCUAUUUGUGGAUGUGGCAGUUUAAGGUGUUUAUCUGCAUGACCACUAUAGGAUAUGAGUAUCAUGGGGUUGAGGUAACUGUAGAUAACACACACAAUGCACAGGGCUUCCUAUCUUGCCACAGUAAACACAAAGAUUCAGCCUUAUCCAGUUUGUGACAUGAGAAAAAGUGCACGGCAACCAUCUUCAAUCCUUAAGCUUGGAAUAGUAAAAACUGAGAUCCCUUGGAGUUGUCUUGGCAAGCCGCUAUUCAGAUGUAGUGGCUUAGUUGAAGGCUGCUUACCACUCAUACCUAUCACAAUGUUCUAUUAUCACUGCACUGGGGAAGUUCCUAGAAAAUAGUAUGUCACCUAAUGGUAUAAUAUAUGAGAAAAUAAAUAUUUAUAAGGAGU